AUGGUGGGUCGCAGUUGGAGGACUGCAGAGACGGUGGCGGACUGCAACGACGGUGGAAGGGCAGCGACGGCGAUGGGUGGUUGCGGUUGGUGGUUGUGGGCGGCCUUGCUGCUUCAUUUCUAUUGGUGGAUGCUCGGCGAGGGACCAAGACGAAGCAACAGCGACGAUGACGUUUGGUGGUGGUGGGUUACGACAGGAUGGAGGCGUUUGAGCGUUUGGUUAUACACCAUCUUAAUAAGUAGAAACAAUCGACGCCUCUUCUCUCUCAACCCUCCGACGCUCCACUCCUCCACAGCUCUCCAGCUUCGCAUCUCCGGCGCCACCCUCCUACACCUUCGCAUCUCCGUCGCUACCCUCCGAUACCUCCAGCGCCACCGUCGCACAGCAGAUGUCGCUCCAGGCUGUUUAGACUUUAGAAACCACCCAAGCAACAUGGAUUUGCAAGGAAUCGAUCAACUUCCAGUUGUCGUGAUAUCUUUUCAUUUACAUGUUCAAGAACAGAUCUGA